CGUCCCUAACACGCUGUCACUGCCACCACUCUUCCACGCACCAACGCCAUGACCCUCCCGGUGGUGCUCAUGGUGGGCGAGAAGCCGUCCAUUGCGCGGGCGGUGGCCAUGUACGCGGCGCCCGAGGGCAUGGAGGUCGUCACCCGCGACUCGACCGUCUCGCGCUCGCUGCCUGUCCACGAGUUUGAGGGCAGCUUUGCCGGCACCCGGGUGCUCUUUCGGGUGACGGCGGUCAUCGGGCAUGUGUACUCGCUCGACUUUGACCCGCAGUUCCAGUCGUGGGACGCCACGCCACCGCGCGAUCUCUUCAGCGUUGCCACGGUGACCAAGAAGCGAGCCAAUCCCAAGAGCCGGGUGUGCAAGCAUCUGCAGGCCGAGGCCAAGGGCGCAGCUGCGGUGGUCCUCUGGCUCGACUGCGACCGCGAGGGCGAGAACAUCUGCUUUGAGGUCCUUGACAACGUCCGCGAUCGUCUCGUUCCUCACAAGGCCUUUGCCUCGCGCACCGUCUUUCGUGCCCGCUUCUCAGCCGUCACUCGCUCCGAGGUCGCCCGCGCCAUGAGCAGUCUCGUCGAGCCCAACCCGGACGAGGCCGCGGCGGUCGACGCCCGCCAGGAGCUCGACCUUCGCAUCGGCGUCGCCUUUACUCGCUUCCAGACCCGGCACCUCACCGCAAAGUACGGCAACCUGCCAUCCGAGCUCAUCUCGUACGGCCCGUGCCAGACGCCGACCCUCAACUUUGUCGUCGCCCGCCGCGACGCCAUCAACGCCUUUCAGCCCGAGACGUACUGGCAGCUCAUGCCGAGGUUUUCGCCGCCCGGCGGCGGCGCGCUCAUCUCGCUCGACUGGACCCGCGGCCGUGUCUUUGACGCUGCAGUCGUCCAGGCCUACGCCGCCGCCCUCGACGGCGCCACAGCCGCGCUCUGCACAAGCGUGAGCCGCAAGCGCAAGAAGAAGCCACGCCCAAUAGCGCUCAACACGGUCGGGCUGCUCAAGGUCUGCUCGGCUGGACUCGGCAUCGGACCCAAGGCGGCCAUGGCUGUUGCCGAGCGGCUCUACAUCGACGGCUACAUCUCGUACCCGCGAACGGAGACAACGGCGUACCCACCGGGCUUUGAGCUCCAUGCGCUACUCGAGGAGCAGCGUCGGUCGCGGGUCUGGGGCGGGUACGUCACCUCGCUGCUGAGGUCCGGCCUCGCGCCGUCGCGCGCCGGCGUUGACGCCGGCGACCAUCCACCCAUUGUGCCGAUGCGCGCGGCGUCCGAGGACGAGCUUGUUGGCGACGCCUGGCGGGUCUACGACUACGUCGCCCGCCACUUUAUCGCCACCGUCUCACCCGACUGCGUAGUCGAGCACCAGACCGCUGCAUUUAGCAUUGCUGCGCCGUCAGGCGAGACCGAGCUCUUCCACGUCAAGGGUCUCAUUGUCAUUGACGAGGGCUUCUGCGCUCUCCUCCCACAUCUCAUGCCGGCCGGCAAGGCGCUGCCGCCGCUUUCGCCGGAGACCGAGUACACGCUCACCGACAUUGUGGUCAGGUCCGGCGAGACAAGCCCGCCGGGCCUCCUCUCCGAGUCGGAGCUCAUCUCGCUCAUGGAGCGGCACAGCAUCGGGACCGACGCCUCGUGCCCCACCCACAUCAACAACAUUGUGGAGCGCGGGUACGCCAAGGUGGUGGCCGGGCGCCGGCUCGAGCCGACCACGCUCGGUAUUGUUCUCAUCCACUCGUACUACAAGAUCGAUCCUGAGCUCGUGCUGCCCACCGUCCGGUCGAGCGUGGAGAGCCAGCUCGACCUCGUUGCCUCGGGCGUGGCCGACAAGGACGCCGUCGUGGCACACUGCAUCGCCGCGUUUGCGGCCAAGUUUGACUUUUUCGUUGACUCGGUCUCGCUCAUGGACUCGCUGUUUGAGGCCAACUACGCGCCGGUCGCCGACGCCGGCAAGUCGCUCUCGCGGUGCGGCAAGUGCAAGUACGUGAUGCGGCUGAUGUACCGUCCGUCGCGGCUCCACUGCCCGCGAUGCAACGAGACGUAUUCUCUGCCAAACAAUGGGAUCAUCAAGCUCUUCCAGGAGAAGACCUGUCCGCUCGACGGCUUUGAGCUUGUUCUCUACUCGCUCGGCAAAAAGGGCGCCCGCUACCUCGUCUGCCCUGCCUGCUACACGAACCGUCCGUUCGAGCCGCCUACCUUUGCCGACGGCAUGUCGUGCGACUCGUGUCAGGCGGCUGGCUGUGGCUACGCCGGCAUCCACUUUUCGGUCGGCCCGUGCUCGGCUGCAGGCGUCCGCGCCGUGGCCGAUGACGACUCGCCCGGCUGCCCGGGCACGCUCAUGCUUGAGCCCAUGUCUGCACCGGUAUGGAAGCUCCACUGCACCGGAUGCAACGUCAUCGUCACUCUGCCUGACUGUGCCCACGACGUCAAGGUCCUCACCGGCGACGACCCGUGCGGCGGGUGCGGCGCGAACCUCUUUGCUAUCGAGUUUCACAAGGACAAGCUCCCGCUCCCGGGCCUCGCCCGGCUCAAUGGGUGCAUCUUUUGCGACGAACUCCUUGCACCCGGCACUCGGGUCGUUCGCGGCAAGACCAAGCAUCAGAUGUUCAAGCGUGGGCGCGGGCGCGGCCGGGGGCGGAGAAAGAGAGGCAAGUUGGAUCAUUUGUUGCGGCACUGACACCUCAUAGAGUCGGGCACAGCCGCAACGUCACGCCGGGCGUGCCAAUCGAGGUCCGGAUGACCUUAACGUGCUCGUUGUUGUAAAAGACCAUGCUCUCGA